AUGAAAUCCAUCACUUUAUUCUUUAUCGCUUUGUUCAUAAUUUCUUGCUUACCUGCAAUUCAUUCUCAAGAAUCAUCAAUUGUUCCUACGGAUUCUUCUGCCAUUCCAACCCCUACAUCUUCUGACACUGCUGCAAGUGUAUCAGGAUCAACAUCGGCGGAAACGGGAACGCAUACGGGAUCAGCGACUACGUCACCAACUCCUGGAACGGCUCCCGGAAAAUCUGGCGCUGCUCCCGCUUUGAAAGAUGAAAUGUUUAAUGUCGCGGCUGCUGGUUUGGUUGCAGCUGUCGUUGCUUUUUUCUAA